GAGAAUUGUAUUUAUUUUUACUAUAAAGUUAAAGAAAAACUUGUGAUUUUUUUCUUUACUUUCCAGAGGAAGUGGAGCUCUUUUAUUAUCGUGGUUAACUUGACGGAAGCGAGUCCCACUCCCAACUCAGACAUUCCUUCCCCCUGGCAAAAAGUCCUCACUGCAACCUGGAGAUUGUCCACGUUUACAGCAUUGAGACACCGCUGUCCUGCUCCACAUCUGCAGCCUCGGCCCGCUGCGAAAAGCGCACAAACGACAACAGACCUUAAUUUAUUCAUUUUUUGGUUAUUAUUUUUUAUUAGUAUUGACCUGAUUUUGUGAAGAAAAUGUUUGCCUGCUGCAUUGUCCUUUUUCUCCUCACUACUGUGGACUGCAAUCCCAGUCCUGUGUUAGGAGAUGUACUCGUGGACAGACACACUAUCCCCAAACUCUGUGGAAGAGAAGCAAAAGACGGAGAUUUUGUUCGCUAUCACUAUAACGCCACAUUUGUCGACGGGAAAACAUUUGAUUCGAGCCAUCAGAAAGGAGACGCCAAGGUGGGCCUGCUCGGGGAGGGCCGCCUCAUCGCAGGCAUUGAGAAAGGUCUGCAGGGCAUGUGUGUGAAUGAGCGCAGAACAGUCACCAUCCCGCCGCACCUGGCCUAUGGAAGCACCGGGGCAGGUGACGUGGUUCCUCCAGACACCACCCUGGUGUUUGACAUCCAUCUGUUGGAUCUGUGGAACAAAGCCGACCUGGUUGUCACCAAAACCAUCACCACUCCCAAAGCCUGCAAACGCUCCGUGAUGCGCACCGACUUUGUGCGCUACCAUUUCAACGGCACUCUGCUCGACGGCACUGUCUUUGACUCCAGCUACAUCAGGAAGCAGACCCAUGACACCUUGGUGGGUGAGGGUUGGCUGAUUAAGGGCAUGGAUGAGGGCCUGCUGGGCAUGUGUGUGGGAGAGAUCAGACAUAUCGUCAUCCCGCCAUUCAAAGCCUACGGAGAGAAAGGAUCAGGUACAGAGAUUCCCCCCCAGGCGACUCUGGUGUUUGACGUCCUGCUGGUGGACAUUCAUAACCCAAAGGACGAAUUGACCGUUGAGGACCAGGUGGUGCCUGAGUCAUGCAAACGCAAGACUGUGGUUGGAGAUUACGUCCGCUACCACUACAACGGGAGCUUCCUGAACGGAGUCGUCUUCGACACCAGCUACCAGAGGAACAGCACAUACAACACCUACAUCGGGAUGGGGUACGUGAUUGCAGGCAUGGACAAGGCUCUGGAGGGAGUCUGCAUGGGAGAGAAGAGGAGGGUCAUCAUCCCUCCACACAUGGCGUACGGAGAGCAAGGAGCAGGUGGUGUCAUCCCUCCCUCUGCUGUGCUGGUGUUUGACAUUCACGUCAUCGACUUCCACAACCCCAACGACACCGUGAACGUCCAGAUUAUCCACAAACCCGAGACGUGUAACGAGACCACGGCAGAGAACGACCUCGUCCGCUACCACUACAACUGCACCCUCGUGGACGGCACGCCGCUCUUCUCCUCGCACGACUACGAGCACUUUCAGGAUGCAACGCUCGGGGCGGACAAGGUGAUCGACGGGCUGGAUGAGGGGCUGCGAGGCAUGUGUGUCGGAGAGAAGAGGGUGGUGACGAUACCGCCUCACCUCGGCCACGGAGAAAAAGGAGCUGCUGGUGUGCCAAGCAGUGCUGUGUUGGUCUUUGACAUUGAAUUGGUGAGCUUUGAGAAAGGUGUGCCGCCUGGGUACCUGUUUGUGUGGCUGAAGGACAGCCCUGCAGACCUGUUUGAAGCCCUGGACAUGGACAAGAACGGGGAGGUGCCCCAAGAGGAGUUCGGAGAGUUCAUCAAACUGCAGGUGGCAGAAGACAAAGGUCGCAUUAAGCCUGGAGUUUCCAUGCAGCAAGUUAUUGAAGACAUGUUCCACAACCAGGACCGAAAUAGUGAUGGGAUGAUCACAGCCAACGAGCUCAAACUGAAAGUCGAGGAGGACAAGGAACGGGAAGAGGCGAGGCAUGAGGAGUUGUGAUGAGGACAAAUGCUUUCAUUCUCGCUCAGGGAUAAACCCAAACACCUUAAAAGCAAGCAACGAGAGACUUUUUCCAGACGUUAUCAUUGUUUAAUAUUUUCUGUACCACAUUGGACAGUCUUUUUGAAUGACAAGGAAAAAGUGCAAAGGGUCUGUUUUUGUGGAGUUCUGUGUUGUAUGAUUGUUUGUAUUUGAUAUUUCAGAAAACCAAACAAGCACCUUUAUUUGUCCUUGAAAGUCAUGAAUUAAAAUAUUUGUAAGAAAAAUAAAA